AUGAUCCAUCUGCCCGAGAGGAACGUCGAGGUGACGUGGUGGUGGGUCAGUACUCUGGUCAUGGACCCCGAUGGGUCUCUGCGCGUGGUCGACUACUCGGUAGCUCCCGGCACAGGCUUCCAGGCCACCGUCCGCAAGGAGUACACGGGAGCGAGGCUUUCCAGGGACAGGAGCAGAGACUGCAGGCUCAGGCCAAGCAGUACAGUUGCUAUCCAACAGGGAAGGCAACUACCAACAGAACCGCAACCAUUCCAGCAGAACCUCAACCAGUACAAGCAGGACCGCAACCAGUUCCAGCAGAACCUCAACCAGUACAAGCAGGACCGCAACCAGUUCCAGCAGAACCUCAACCAGUACAAGCAGGACCGCAACCAGUUCCAGCAGAACCUCAACCAGUACAAGCAGGACCUUCCAGCAGAACCUCAACCAAACCAGUUCCAGCAGAACAGCAACCAGUUCCAGCAGAACCGCAACCAGUUCAACCGCAACCAGUACCAGCAGAACAGUGGCCAGUACUCCCAGAACUACAAUGAGUACCAACAGAAUCGCAACCAGUACCAGCAGAACCGUGGCCAGUACUCCCAGAACCGCAACCAGUACCAUGAGAACCGUGGCCAGUACUCACAGAAAUACAAUCAAAACCAACAGAACCGUAACCAGUACCAGUACUCACAAAAUCGCAACCAGAACCUGGAAAAUAGGAGACAAUAUUCUCAGAACCGCAAUCAGUAUCAACAAUACCGCAAUCAGUACUCCCAGUACAGCAACGAGUACCAACAGAACCGCUAUCAGAACCAGCAGAACAACGAGUACCAGCUAAACCCUAUUCAGUAUACUCGAAACCUCAACGAGUACCAACAGGACCGCAAUCAGUACCAAAGAAUAGUUAUCAAUUUUCACAGAACCUUCCAGCAGAACUAUGACCAAAGCCUUUCCAGCCGCAACGACGUCAGGUACAACUUCCAGCGUUAUGGAACCAACCGUUUCACUCAGAACCUGAACCGUCCUUCGCCCAGCCUCUACAGCCAGAACCAAAACUACCUUCUGACCCGCUAUGGAUCCGCUUCUCAGAACCAGUACAGCAACCAGUACAACAACCGCGUCUACAACCAGUACAGCGCCCAAGUGAACAGGAACCAGCAGAACCAAGGUUACUCUCCCGUCAGCGUGGUUCUCGCUUCCUCAAGGAACUAA